CGCGCCAGGUAACGGUCUGGAGUUGCAAUAACAGAACUGGAAGGUGGGGGGGGUGUCAUGGAAUCUUAGGAGCCCCUGCCUUCCAGUUGCCUAGGCCGCGAGGAUACACAAGGCCCCCUGGUCUCUUCUGAAAGUCACCACCGAUGGGGCCACCCUAAGCAGCCACUCUCAAGAGGUGUCUACCCUUGUGCUGAUAGUACCAACCUAUUUCUUUCCAAGACAUAUCCAAGCCUAACAGUUUCUCAGUGUUUGUUCUUGUAUGUUUACAAAAGCAUCAAGGCAGAAAUAGUUUCCCAACAAGUUUUAUUUUCUUAAGGGCUGUCAUGAAGUCACCCAACCUUCUCCUUAACUUCAAACAGAGCUUAAGGUUUUUCCACAAGUGAAAGAUGUUAAAUUUUUCGACUCUCAUGAUGAUGUUCUUCUACCGUUUUUUCUAUAUCCAUUAAAAAGUGUAGGACAACAGCAGAGUAUCCUAUAAAGGAAUGAACAACUCAUUUAAAAAAAUGUCUUCUGUCCUGAAACUCUAAAUAUUCCGUUUGCUGUAUCCUUGUGUCACGUUGGCUUCUUCUCCAUCACUGGGGCAGCAAGUUAAGUCAAGUUGAACACGCCUGCCUCCCGAAGUCCUCGUAUUUCUUGGUUGCUUUUUGGAUGUUGUUCAUCAAAAUAUUGUUUACAUGUUUGAUGAGGAUGCUUUUAACGUCACUAAACAACAUAUGUCAUAUUUCUCACUUGUGGAUCUCAUUCUAGUACCACAAGAGCUCUUUCUGAGUUGUUAGAAUGAUUAAAAUAGUUCAGGUAUACUUCCCGGAAUACAUGUCGUGCUCAUUCUUUUGGAAAGAUUUCUAAAUGUGACGCUACUUUUUACGUUCCCUCAGUUCCCGUACAUAUUGAACAGACAGGGAUCCAGGGCAGUUUUCAUGGAAGGUUGCUCGAUAGAUCUCUUUGACUUGUCCUCAUGCCCUGAAAAACGAUGCCCUGAACCCUCUCCUGACCUUCUCAGCAUCCGAUGCCAACUGGGUCUUGUGAGCCUAGGACUUGGCCGACCCGCUGUGGCAUCGGCCUCUUCAGGUUAGCUGCUGGACUUGCCUGAGUUAAGGCUGCAACUGGUGUGAGCACGUGCGGCCCAGCGUUCCCGUCACAGUGCAGGAUGGAGGUGUAGAUCAGCCACUUUUGGAAGCUCAUCUGCUCCCCGUCCCACGCCGUCCUCCACCUAUGCUGUGGAAUGAUAUCGGCGUGAGAGCCACCAAAGGCUUUAAGGAAAUCUACUUUCUGGUGUUUGUGGGACCUGACAUUCGGUAGGAAAAAGAAAACUGUCAAAUUCCUUCACUUUAAAACUGACGAAACGGAAGGCUCGCAAAAGUUACAUGACAUACUUGAAGUCACGGGGAGGAGCGUUUUGCAGUGCUAAUUAUAGUAAUCAUAAUAACAGUAAUAGUUUGUUCAGCAUUAUUGUGCCAGGCAUUUUGCUAAGAAGCGCUGUCUACAUAGAACGGCAUCUUAUUUUCAUCAUAAUCGUUUCAGGUAAUGUUACUGUCCAUAAGCAAAAAGUAAAAACCUUGAAGAAGGGGACGUUCAGUAAUUUACUUGGCCAAAUUAAAAAUGGAAAAAAAUACGACAAACGCUUCUUCUUUAUAAGAGCAAGUGAGUGAUUGCUUUGCGUUCUGGAACAGUAGGAGAAACCUAUUUGUCUUUAUCCUGCAUUUGUCCCGUUUACUGUGCUCUUUGUCUCUCUCUGUGACCUGGCUUCGCUUCUAGAGCGCUCCCUUGUCCUACUAACCCAGCUGCAUGCACGUCCAAUAGCAGAAGUGCCGGCUGGGCUCUUCCAGAGUCUCCCUGAAAUGCUUAUGGUGACAGGACGUCAGGCACAGUCUGGAGGCGAGAGCGACCCAGAUCUGAGAAUGGGUAGCUGCUUUCCCACCUCAUUAGUCGGCAUGAUGUCAAACGACAGGAAAGAUGACCUCCCUGUAACUCAGGUCAGGAGUCAUGUCUCAGUGCCUGUGAUCUAUUGGGCUGAACUGUCCUGAACUUGCUAAUGUUCUGGUUUCUUGUUGAGUGGCUAGAAUAUUUAUAAGGCUUUCUCAUUGAAACUUCUCUGUUGAAAUGUGCAUUAAUCCCGAUAUGAUUAAAUUUGGUAAGGUAAAAGGCUUGUGGAAGACUGGUCCCUUCCAUGAGCAAAAGAGGGUAAAUUUAACUUCUGUUCAAAGCAAGCCGGGACUUGAAAUGAGGGCUUUCACUGUUUCAAGGUGGACCGUCAGGUACCUCAGGCGUAUGUCCCCAAGGGCUUGUGUCUGUGCCAUAAACUGGAUGAGGUGAAAACGGGGUCAGCCACGCCAGGUCCCUUUCCAUUCUAGGGUCCUCCAACAGUUCCUCCUCUGCUUGAGAGAGCAGAUUGGAAAUGUCCUUGUGGCUCUGCUCUGUCCUACUUUUGUCUUUUGCGUAAAACUUACACAGCUCAGUGUUUCCCGCCCCGGCGGGGGGGUGGGGGGGGGAAUCCUUAGAAGAGUCAUCUGGGAGGGUUGGUACCAAUCAAGUUCACAGUCCUCACUCGUAGCGAUUCUGAUUCAAUGGGCGGAGGUGGGGCAUGGAAUGGAUUGGCUGAAGUCGCUCAGAUGCGAAACAGGUUGAGGGCCCACUGCUGUCAUCGACCUUCCUCACAGUUUGGGGAUGAUUAUUUCAGAUACAUUAUUAAUUCUAACCUUCACCAUCGACUUGUGAGGAAAGCAUUACAUUUCCCUGGUUUGCGGAUGAAGAAACCAAGGCACAGAGAGGGUGUGUAACUGGCCCAAGGUCUCCUGGCUGUAAGGGCUGAAGCCAGGGGUCAGGUAGUCCCCCUCUGCCCCCAAAUCUUCUUCCCACAUUUUCCAGUUCAUUCUCGUGUCAUGUCUUCCCUAGGAGGUACUUUCUUUGCCUAUACCUCAUUGCUACCAAAAUUUUCCUGAGUUUAAUUUUUUCAUCCAAUAUAUUGUUCACAAAAGGCUAACAGCAUCAUAUUCUGGCCACUGGUUAUUAAUUUGAGACACAUUGUUUCACGAAAAUACAGGGCAUGAGACUGUGCAAAGUCACAUUGCUGCCUUAUUAUCAUCAUCAGGGCAUAAUUCAUAAACAGUAAAAUUCAGCAUUUUGUGUACAAGUCAGUGACUUUCAGUCUAUUUGCAAAGUGGUGAAACUCUCACCACUACCUAAUUUCUGAAUGUUUUCAUUACCUCCAAAAUGAAACGCCAUACCUAUUGGCAGUUACUGCCUAUUCUCCCAUUCUCCCAGCCCUUGGCAACCACUUCUCUACCUGCUCUCCCUAUGGACUUGCCGAAUGUGGACAUUUCUUCUAAAACGAACUAUUCAACAUGUGGUCUUUUGUGUCUGGCUUGUUAGCAUACUGUUCUCAAGGUUGACCCAUGGUUUGGCAUGUAUCAGUACUUUUAUUAUUUUCAUGCCUUAAUACAAUUUCAUUUAUGGCUAUGCUACAUAUUGUUCAUUCAUCAGUUGAUGGCUAUUUGGGUUGUUUCUACUUUGGGCUGCUAUGCAUAAUGCUGCUAUGAAUGUUCAUGUGCGAGUUUGUUUGUGACCACAUGUGUUCAGUUCUCUUGGAUGUAUACCUAGGAGUGGAAUUGCUAUGUCUACAUCAGCUCUAUAUUUAACUUUGAGGAAGUGACAAACUGUUUGCCAAAGCAAUUGUGCCCUUUUACGUUCCCACGAGCAAUGCACGAGGAUUCCAGUUUCUCCACAUCCUCCUCAACACUUGCUAUUCCUGUCUUUUAAUACAUCAUAGUAGUGGUUGUGAAGUGGUAUCUCAUUGUGGGUUUGAUUUCCAUUGUCUUAAUGACUAACGACGUUGAGCGUCCUUUCAUGUUCUUAUUGACCAUUUGUGCAUUUUAUAUGGAGAACUGCCUAUUCAAAUGCUUUUUCCAUUCAUAGAUUAUUUGUCUUUUUACUGUUGCAUUGUAAGAGUCCGUUAAAUAUUAUGGGCACUACACACUUACCGGAUCCAUGUUUUGCAGCUGUCUUCUCUGAUUCUGUGGGUUGUCUUUUCACUUCCUUGUUAGCAUCCCUUGAAGCACAGAAAAUUUUAACUUUGGUGAAGUCCAGUCCAUCUACUUAUUCAUUGAUUGUUUUUGCUUUAGCUGUCAGAUCUCAGCAAUCAUUACCUAAUCAAAGGUCACAAAGAUCUAAACCUCUCUUUUUUUCACCACACUGCUUUGAAUUAGACCUUUCCUGGGUUAGUAUAGGGGGACAUUUUUGAAUUUUGAUUCCUAUAAAUUGAUAUAUAUUUAUAUCCUUCUUGAUUGAUAUUCACAGGCCUUCCCACCACUCCGAUGGAGCAUCCAUGUACUAGAACAGAGAUCUGGGGGGCCGGCCUGGUGGCGUAGUGGUUAAGUUCGCAUGUUCCGCUUCUCGGUGGCCCGGGCUUCGCCGCUUCGGAUCCCAGGUGCCAGCAGCUGGUUUGGUGCUCUCCUCAGGCGCUCUCCAUGGCCUGGGGACUGCCUAGCACCACCAGUCUGGCGCGCUUCUGCCAGAAGCUGAACCGGCUGAAGCCACUGGAGGAAUCCACCACGGAGACGUUGCAGCAGCGCCACCUGACCAUGCUGGAUCUGAUCCUGCUGGGCAUGGGUGCUACGAUGGGCUUGGGCCUCUACAUGCUCACGGGCACUGUGGCCAAGGAGAUGGCCGGCCCUGCGGUGCUCGUGUCUUUCAGUGUAGCUGUCAUGGCCUCCCUGCUGGCAGCCCUAUGCUACGUGGAGCUGGCAGCACGUGUGCCCCGCAAGGGCGCUUCCUAUUUCUUCACCUAUGUGUUCAUGGGUGAACUGUGGGCCUUCCUCAUUGGCUGGAUAUUGCUCAUCCAGUGUCUCAUUGGUGGGAUUGCCAUGGCCCGCACCUGGAGCGCUCACCUGGACGCCAUCUUCAGCCACCGCAUCCGCAGCUUCACCAUGACCCAUGUGGGCUGCUGGCAGGUGCCGUUCCUGGCCCAGUACCCGGACUUCUUGGCUGCUGGAGUCAUACUUUUGGCCUCCGCAUUUGUCUACUGUGGAGUGCACAUCUCUUCCUGGCUCAACCGCACCUUCUCUGCCAUCAGCUUGGUUGUCAUCCUCUUCAUCGUCACCCUGGGGUUUGUCCUGGCCCGUCCGGAGAACUGGAGCACUGAGGAGGGCGGCUUUGCGCCGUUUGGCUUCUCUGGCAUCAUGGCUGGUGCUGCCACCUGCUUCUAUGCCUUCGUGGGCUUUGGCGCUAUUGCUGCCUCCAGCGAGGAGGGCCAGAACCCCAAGCGAGCUGUGCCUAUGGCCAUCGCCAUCUCAGUUGGCCUGGUGGCUGGUACUAACAUCCUCGCCUCCACUGUGCUCACCCUCAUGGUGCCCAGGCACAGCCUAGACCCUGACUGGGCACUCGCUGAUGCCUUCUACCAGCGGGGCUACAGCUGGGCAGGCUUCAUCGUGGCGGCUGGCGCUGUCUGCGGCAUGACCACUGUCCUGUUCAACAUUCUCUUUGCUGUGCCACGCAUCGUAUAUGCCAUGGCCACUGACGGGCUCUUCUUCCAGAUAUUUACCCGUGUGCACCCUCACACACAGGUGCCCAUAGUGGGCAUCCUGGUGUUCGGGUUCCUCAUGCCCCUCUUGGCGGUGCUGCUGGACCUUGAGGCACUGAUCCAGUUCCUGUCCAUUGGCACCCUGGUCACCCGCCCUGUUGUGAACACCAGCAUUAUUGUGCUACGCUUCCAAAAGUCUCCUCCAUCUAGUCCCUUGGGCUCAGUCAGCCCUGGCCCUGUGGCUGAGGGGUAUGAGGACUCCUCAGGACACAGACAGCUGGAGGACACUGAGCAGCCCUCAGCCCCUGAGCCUGGGCAGCUGCGACCAGCCCUGAGGCCCUUCCUUGGCUUCAUGAGUGGAUGCAGACCUGGAGUCGCUGUGGCCUGGGCACCCCGUGUCCUGGUGGUGUCAGCCAUCAUUCUGGACUGCGUGCUGAUCUUUGGGAAGUCGGCCCUGCACCUCCCACCCUGGGGCCACACCCUGCUGCUCCUGCUCAGCUCCGUCAUGUUUCUGCUCAGUCUCCUCGUUCUGGGGGCCCACCAGCAACAGCGCCGGGAGGACACCUUUCAGGUUCCCAUGGUGCCCCUGAUUCCAGCCCCGAGCAUCCUCCUCAACGUCUUCCUUAUGCUGCAGCUGAGCUCCCUGACCUGGCUGCGCUUCUCCGUCUGGCUGCUGAUUGGCCAUGCUACGUCUACCAUAGACGCCUCCAACUCCCUGUUCCUGCCUGUGAGGACUACACAGGAAGCUGCUGGCUCUGGAAGCUUUACUCCUCGACUCUCUGCAGUCUUGACAUCAGCUUUCUCUGGACCCCGAAGACAACCAGGCACACGUCAUCUCGCUCCAGUAACCAGGCCUCAGCGCUGUGAUAUCUCACCCCAGCCCUUCUGACCCCACCUCCCAUGGACACUGCUCUGGGGAUUGAGAGGCACUAGGGACCCCAAGGUUUUGCUAGGCUCCAGGUUCCAGAUGAUUCCAGGUGCUUCCCAGCCUGGGCUCCAGCCUUAGGCCUCCCCAACCUGGCCCAUGUCACCCCACCAGCAAGCUGCCAGCAUGACCUGGUCACCAGGGACCCAUGAGAAGGCAGCCCCUUGUCUCCCUGGGGUGGGUACCCCCCCAAAUCCCCACCCCUCCCUGGGACCAAGAGAGGGCUGGACUGCUGCAGCCCCCGUCCCUCCCCUCCUGACCGUGGGCCUGAGGACAUGGGGAAAUUCUCCAGCAUGCAGGACUCAGGCCCCCAGGAGGAUGCCAGAGCCAGAACCAGGCCAGCCUGCUGGGGGCUUCCAUGGGCUCUAUUACAGGCAUUGUCUCUGGCCCCUGGUCUGCACAUGGUGUCUUGUUCAGAGCAUGGUCCCUGUGCAGUUGCCUCAGGCUGGGGUGGCCAACUGCCCAGACACGCUGUCGUGUGUGACCUUGGCCAGCAGUGACAUGUGCAGAUAUACAGCCUCCCCAUCCUAUGGCUCCCAAUAGCUUGGUGAGCAGCUUCCUGGGCAUUGGGUUGGGAGUCACAAGGAGACAGAUAGAAGGUCCCAAAGGACCCCAUGCCCACCAAGUCAGCCCCUCUACCCUCCUCCCCAUUCAGCCCCCCACAGCCCAAGGGCUGCCACCAGGAAGGCCCAAGGGCUGCCACCAGGAAGGGGCUGGUGCUCAUAAGCUGAGCAGGUAAGGGCCCAAGAAGUGCCUGGUAUCCUAGUGGGGGUUAGAUCAUCUGCUCCCUGCACUCGUCAUUCCAUGGAUGAGGCCCAGAGCUGGGAGGGGCCCUGCCCUAGGACACCAGGACCAGAACAGCUGUGACAACUCUUGUCAGGCUUCUUUCUCCCCCACCUUGGACUCUGGCUGCACAGACCCCCGUGCAGGGUAGCUGAGAGGGCAGGGGUUCUACCUGUGGUGGCAGUGCUGGGGGGGUGAGGGCUGGGAGCCGGGCAGGGCCGGAGUUAACCACAGCCAGGGUGGUGGACAGCUGGAGAGCAGGGAGCUGUUGGGAACACUGGAGACAGAGCCCGGGAGAGCGUUUUCCAGCCCCAACAGGAGCCCUACUGUUUCCCUGCAGGUCUCCAUACAAAACUGGCUUCUGUGAUCUCCAGGGAGCACCCCGCCAAGGCUAGAGCUGGGGGAGUGACAGUCUGUGUGGGAGCUGAAGGGUAGGAUUUUUCCCCCACCCCCUGCCCUGGGCCUGCUAGGGCUUCAUCCGUGAGUCCGCUAGGCAGGGCCCCCACCCUUGCCAGCCCCUAUCUCUCCCCCCAACUCUCAACCCCCAACCAGCAGAGAAAGGCUACAGGCCUCAGGAAAGGGUGAAUGAGUGGGUGCCAGGGCCACCCUGGUGACAGUGUCCAGCUCCCCGCAGGUGGGGGUAGGUAAGGGGCAGGCUCUGCUGGUCCUGGGACCCUGCCCUGGGUGUCAGGGACACUUACACUGGCACAGUGUCACACUCCACACGGCACCAGCCCCGGAUCUCACAGGUCCUGCGGGUCCCAUUGAGCACCACACACUGGCCCGUGUUUAUGCCUUGAAAACACAAGGCAAACUCCGGGCCCUUCAGUCUCCACAGGGUCUGGGAAGGGAGUGGCAGGGGGCUGUUGGAGAAAGAAGAGAUGCAGAGGCACCACCAGGCCUGCACGCUGCAGCCACCCGGGGUCCCAGCAUGCCCCUCUGAACCCCCAUCCCAGUGAAGGUGCCAGAAGACAGGGCCCCCAGCUAUGUGGCUGUGCAUUCCCGUCUCCCCUUCAGAACAGUCCUCGUCAGCCCGGCAGGUCCCCAAUGGAUGGAGGGUGCUGAGGUGGUGAGAGAGCAGAGCUGUCCAGGCCCAGGAAGUGUCUCCCCUUCGUGACCCAGCCUUGCAGUCCGCAGGGACAUGCCCCUCCCCUGCUUAGCCCCCAGGGUUCCCUGAGUUUGGGGCACAUGGGAAAUCUGGAGGGUGCAAAUAAAGGGAGAUGGUUAGAUGGGGAGGGCAAGCAGCCCCUGGCCAGAUAGGGGUGCAGUGCUGUAGCCCUAGUCAGAACGAGACUCCUCCUCCUGAUAGUUGUCACUCCGGUGGGGGCGAAAGUGAUUCCUGGAGGCCCAGCUCUUCUAGUCCAAUUCGGACAGCAGAAGAGGGAAGGUGGAGGGACUCGAGGGUGGGGGGGGUGCCUUUGUGCCAGGGUAGAGGUGCUGGGUGUGGCAGGCAAAGCAUGGGACCAUUGUCACAGGGGUUGUAGGGAAGUGGGACCCCACACACUGGCCAAGGACCACAGGCUAGGCCCCUCCUGGCUUGUUCUGCUAUCAAAUAGGACACUGGUACCUGCCCAUGGUCACAGAGUUCUGGGUAUCAGCCAGUAGGGGACAGUGGCGAGCUUGCUGGGAGUCCCAGACCCUGGAGAGGGAGCACCCUCAAGCAUCAGGCACUUCCACAGACGUGGUUCUGCAGGUGGAGGCUGGACGCCGCUGUCCAGGGCUCCAGGGAACACAGCACUAGGGUGACAGGAGGGGCUGGGGACUCUGACAAGCCAAAUGAGAUCAUGGCACUUUGUGCAGGAUGGGACUGUGAGAAGUGAACUGAGUUAAGCGUAGGCUACUGGCUCUGCCUCACUGUCCUUACCUAUGUUCUGAGUCUGCCCCUCCUUUUCACCUGGCUGGGCCGCUGUCAUCUCCAACUGGGUCCCAUGUUGACCACUGCGGGUCCCACCUCUGCCCUCAUCCACACGUUCCCGCAGCCCGCGUGGUCCAUCCCAAUGCACAGACGAUUGAGCGCCCUCCCCGGAGCCCAUCUGUGGCUCCACUGAUGCUGGAUCCACUUCAGCUCCUCAGAGGGGCUCACGGGGCCUCUGUGACCUUCGGCUACCCCUUCCCUGGCCCAGUCCCAAUCUAGGGACAACCCCACUCAGUGCCAGGAGCCCUGGAGGGGGCCUCAUCUCGCACUGCUCACGGCCUUUGCCCACGCAGCCCCCUCUGCCUGCACAUCCUCAACAUCCGGCUCCAGCCUCACACCCUGCGGGAAAGCUUUUCUGAGGCCCUGGGUUGGCUGACGAGCCUCCCUGGUUCUCCCAGCUGCAGCUUCUGUCCCCAUCACAGGCCCCCCCACCUGGCUGGGCUGUCUGUGCAGGAACUCCCUGAGGUGGGGAGGGUGGAGUUUUGCAAGCCUGGUCUGGGGGAGGCUCGACAGGUGUUUGCUGGAGGCUGUGACACCACAAGGACACAGUGCAUGUGCUUGGAGGGGCCAGAUGACCAGGACCCCUGAGGAGCUGGCAGGAACUCUGCUAUUUAGGAACUCAGGAAGCCUGCUUGUCAGACCUGAUAAGUUACUUCACAGCCCCAGCAGUUUCGAGGGAAGGGCGAGAAGGCAGGGCAUGGGCAAAGAGGAAUCAGAUUCCAGAAAACACAGAACCGUAGUCCCAGCACAAUUUCAGGACAGUCUACAAACCAAAUAUUAAAUAGACGUCUUACGAGCUUUUAGAAAAGGAGGGACAUUGUGUGUGUUUGCUGAACGCCAGCACAUGCUUUGUGCACGUGCCUCACCUCGUUUGUGCACAGGGCCAACCAGAACAUGUGGCACCCCCAGCAACUGAGGUGAGACCAGUGACCAGGACCCAGGGGACAGGGACCCACACAGUUACCUUCCAGCCCAGUAAGCGAUUCAGUGUUAAACUCAAUUAAAGAAAGAUGUCACCAUGGAGGUAGGCUUCCCGGUCUAUGUCCUGGGACCGAACUGUUCAGAGAAAAUCCACAACUCAGGGGAGGACAGCCCAGUAAUGUAGUGGUUCAGUUCAG